CACACUCAGGUGACAGGAGACUGCGGGUGACGUCACUUCCCGUCGAAACCUGAGCCGUCCAUAGACACUAAUUUCCCCGUGAUUCGGUUUAACUGGAGGUUUGUGUGUGAAUCACAGUGAUUGUGAAUCUGUAGGUGUUCGGGGACGAGAACAAGUCGGAACAGCGGAUUAAAGGUUUAAACUUUCUGUAAAACUUUUUUAUGUUUCGGAGGAAACAAUCACCAAACUCACUUAGAGAGAGAUUAACUUUAUCGUGAACGGUUUAUUGUAAACCGCUGGAAAGUUCGGGCUAACUGAAGAUUCUGAAGAGAGCGCGCGCUGUGUUUGUGUGUGUGUGUGUGUGUGUGUGUGUGUGUGUGUGUGUGUGUGUGUGUGUGUGUGUGUGUGUGUGUGAGUGACAGUGUGUGUGUACGCGCGCGAGUGUAUGUGAGCGCGCGCGCUAGAGAGAGAGUGUCCCAGGACGCUGUUUAGUUGAACAUCCCGAUGAGAAAGAUCUGUGUGUGUGAGGGAGAGUGUGUGUGAGUGUGUGACAGUGUUUGUGUGAGAGAGAAAUGUGUGUAAGGCGCAGACAUGGGUCUGUGUUUGGGCUCCGAGGUCACGGAGGAAGGAAAGAAGGCGAAACUUCACAGCUCAGAGAUCGACCGAGAGCUUUACGAGGAGGCGAAGAGAGAGAUGAACGUGGUGAAGGUCCUGCUGCUCGGGGCUGCUGAGAGUGGUAAGAGCACACUGGUUAAACAGAUGAAGAUAAUUCACAGCAACGGCUUUACCAACCAAGAGCUGAGCAGCUUUAAGCCGGCCGUGUUGGACAACCUGCUGAUGUCGAUGAAGUUUGUGCUGCAUGGGAUGGGCGUGCUCCGGAUUAACCUGGCCAACAGCAAGAACAAGGUCCAUGCCCACUCUGUACUGUCAUGUGGGCGGUGCUUUGAUGAAGAGCAGGUGCUUUUCCCAUUCAUAAGCCACGCCCUUUCCUGCCUGUGGGCAGAUCAGGGGGUGCGGUCUGCAGCGGCACGAGGCUAUGAGUAUGAACUCAAUGAUUCUGCACUCUAUUUUUUUGAUAACAUGACCCGGAUCGUGUCGCCGGACUACGUUCCCACGGAGACGGACGUGUUGCGAGUCAGAAUCCGGACCACAGGCGUCAUCGAGACUCAGUUUAAAGUGAAACACCUGGUGUUCAGGCUUUAUGACGUCGGCGGCCAGCGGACGGAGAGGAGGAAAUGGAUCAGCUGUUUCGAGGACGUCAGGGCCGUGCUGUUCGUCGUGUCUCUGAGCGGGUACGACAUGACGCUGGUGGAGGAUCCGUCCAUGAACAGACUGCAGGAGAGCCUCAGGCUAUUUUCCUCCAUCUGCAACAAUGUGUUCUUCAGGAGCACCUCCAUGAUUUUAUUCAUGAACAAAAUCGAUCUUUUCCAAGAGAAGAUCCUUCACUCGGCUCGUCACCUCCGAAAUUACCUGCCGCUCUACAGGGGUGCGGACUGUGAUGUAGAUUCUGCCGCUCGCUUCAUUGCCUCCAUGUUUGUCUCUCAGAAUGCCAUGCCCAGGAAACUGAUCUAUUACCACUUCACCACGGCGACAGACACCUCCAAUGUGCAGGUGGUGUUCCAGGUGGUAAUGGACACCAUCAUAAAGGAGAACCUGGAGGCAGUUUCACUGCUCUGAAGUUUUACACACUCAACUCAUUGCCCCACCCCCUGUGUAAAACUGCCAGAACUACAGACAGACAGAAAGACAGACAGGCAGACAGACAGACCACCCUGAUGCUGUCCUGAGCUGUCCGAGGUGCUGAACCUCAACGCACUCAGAAACACAAAAGAAACUUGGAGAUACUGAGAGAUAGAGGCCGAGUAUGACGGAUAUGUAGAAAGAUUAAUAAAUAUAUUCAGAUAAACAGGGAGAGGGAAGAAAUGGACAUGCGGGGGGGGGGGGAGAGAGCUAUGAAGUGAGGGGGGUGAAAGAAUCUCUGCCAGAACCCUUGGGAAAAGCAAGUGAACCGUUAUUCACAAGGACCGAUAAGGAAGCAGAAAGAAUAAAGUGACGGAGGGAGAGGUGAUUGAGGGAGAUAUAUGGAUAUUUAUUGGUUCUGGUGGGCAUGGUCUCUCCAAGAUGACUCCGCCCCCAUGUACACAACAGGAGGACUCACAAAGGUGUGAUGACGAUCACGAUGGUGAAGAUGAUUCAAACUCCACGUAAGACACAAACGGAGGGAGGAACUUUUAGCAGAACGUUCCACAUCAUCUACUUACAGAUCACCUAAGACUGUAUUUCAGCCCCUCUUCCACCCUCCAAAUAAUGGUGUUUAUACGGGACAAAGGACAUAAUGCAGUGACUGUUUUAAUACGAUUUUACUACGUUAACCUGUGUAAGUGUUCCCCGUGAAGUGGGUGCGAAGCUUCACACACAAGAUGGAGCUCCAGCCUGGAGGUUUUCUUCGUGUUACAUGAUCCAGAUCAUCAGAAGGUGUUUAUUCAUUCAUAUCUGAUGUAACAAUUUGUGUGUGUGUGUGUGUGUGUGUGUGUGUGUGUGUGUGUGUGUGUGUGUGUCCUUUACUGGUUUGUUUGCUUAUGUGUAGGUACCAGAGUGUGAUAUUUUUUUUCCUCUUCCUGAUAAUAUUUACCAAAAGAAGAGCACUGAGUUAAUGAUCAGCAGGAGAGACGUUUGUUUUCACAACACACUUCAUUUCACACACUGUGAGUGUUUAUGAAGUCUGCACUGGAUUAGUGUCUUAUUGUAGAAAAUUACAAUCCCAAGCACCAAAGUGUGUAAACAACCUGUUUUACCUUUAUUUCUUUCUUUGUUUUUUUUUCUUUCUUUGUUUUUUUUUUUUGUACUUUGGACAUCUCGUGUGAGGUUUGUGUGGAGAGAUAAAGCUGUGACGUGCUUGUGUGUGUUUGUGUGUGUGUUUGUGUGACAGCUCUUUCUAUGCCUUUGUAGCAGUGCCUAAAUCAUCCUGUAAAUAAUAAUCCGAUCUUCCAGUGUGAUCAGAUUCUGCGGUGAAUAUUGUGAUAUUUAAUAGAAGCAAUGAUUCAUCGACA